CACCGAUGACUUGAGGAGCAGGCUAAAUGAACUGUGCUGUCUUCAAAAACACUCAUGCUAUCCAAACCUAUCGUCAUUCCUAUCUUACUACAGAGAGCUAAUAGUUAUGUUCGUGUAAAUGUACAAUGAAAUGCGGUAAAAAAGGCGCUUGCUUAUUAGACGCAACCCACACGGUCUUCUUUGACUCGCAAUAGUGAAUCCCAGUCACGUCUGGAAGCCAAUACCUUCUGUUUGGAUCACUGAACAAAAUUGGAACUGGCUGCGUUCCUCUCGCAGACUGCUGGGAGAAGCUGUAAUGCAGUGAUCGAGCCGAGGUUCUCCUUUGCAUUUGCCUACCUACCAGACAUCAUUUGACAGUGUACAAGAUGAGUGGGGCUUUACAAUUUGAGAACCUAAUGUAACGAGAUUUCAAUUUCUUUGGUUUGCCGUCUCAAUGGGGACGGAUUUUUUUGGUCUCACUACGAGCGCUUCGGAAGAUAUACAUAGAAAACAGCAAUAAUUGCUUUUGUGGCCAGUAAGCACAUUUGCUGUUGACGUACAGUAUAGUGAAGUUAAGGCAAUGCCGUCCUGAACGCUACACUGGGCAAAUAUGAGUGACCAAGUCUGAUUGUGUCGCGUUUGGGUCACAUAAAAUAGACGCUUAUUUUAUGGUUGUUAUCUUAAAUCACUGGAUUCCAGAGGAAACAAUGGGAUACUCGGACCCUUCCGGGAGAGAUUUGCUAGGAAACAGAUCGCUUUGUUUUAUUUUUAUUUGUGCAUUUGGACUGGUUACUUUAUUACAACAGAUCAUUUAUGGGAAAAACUACUUAAAGAGUGGGCUACAGUUUAGCCGGCACAAUGGAGACGAAUCGACAAAUUGGACCGGGACCAUUAAUUUCACGGAUGAAGGAGCACAGAAGCCUGCCAGAAAUGGAAAAAAAAGGUACUUUGAGUUUUACGAAGGCCCUUAUGAUUUUAACUCCACAACGUGCAGGGAGCUCAGGCAGGAGAUCAUUAAUGUGAAGGUUCUUUCUAUGGUGAAGACAUCUGAGCUGUUUGAUAGAUGGAGGAGUCUACAGGUGUGUAAAUGGGAGCUUAACAAAACAGAGGCCAAUGCUUUUAAGACUUCCCUGUCUCGUUGCUGCAAUGCUCCUUCCUUUCUGUUUACUACCAAGCGAAACACCCCCUCAGGAACCAAGCUUCGGUACGAGGUGGACACCAGCGGAAUCUUACACAUCAGCUCAGAGAUAUUCAAAAUGUUUCCAAACGAUAUGCCAUACACAAGGUCCCAGUUCAAGCGAUGUGCAGUGAUUGGUAAUGGGGGAAUCAUAAAGAACAGCAAGUGUGGGAAAGAGAUUGAUUCAGCAGACUUUGUCUUUAGGUGCAACAUACCACCCAUCUCAGAGAAAUAUGCAGUGGAUGUUGGGUACAAGACAGGCAUUGUGACAAUAAACCCAAGCAUAAUCACUGAAAGGUUUCAGAAGCUGGAGAAAUGGAGGAGACCCUUCUACGAAGUGCUGCAAGCUUAUGAGAAUGCAUCUAUAGUGCUGCCAGCCUUUUAUAAUACUCGCAAUACAGACGUCUCCUUCCGGGUCAAGUACGUCCUAGACGAUUUCGACUCCCAGAAGUCCGUGUUCUACUUUCACCCCCAGUACCUCAUCAAUGUGCAGCGUUUCUGGAUGAUGCAGGGGGUGCGUGCAAAGCGGCUAAGCAGCGGACUGAUGCUGGUCACAGCAGCCUUGGAGCUCUGCGAGGAGGUGCACCUCUACGGCUUCUGGGCCUUCCCCAUGAACCCUUCCGGAAUCUUCAUCACUCACCAUUACUAUGACAACGUCAAGCCUCGGCCUGGGUUCCAUUCCAUGCCCAAUGAGAUCUUUAGCUUCCUGCAUCUGCACAGCAGGGGCAUCCUGCAGGUACACACCAGCCCCUGCAGGUGAUGUCAUGUUGCUCGCCUUUGUUGAUGUUUCCUUUCUGUAUUUUAGGUAAAAUAUCAAGACUUUAUUUAAUCAGUGUUCAAGGAAGAUAAUUUUUUCGACAGCAGCGUGAGGCUGUAUUCCUCAAAACGUGACUCUGCAGAUAUCUGCUAUUUUUAAAAAUAGAGCACAAUAAUUGUGUUUGCGUGCCUAUAAUUGGAUAUUUUGAGUGAAAUGUCAAAUGUCUUAAAUAUAUGACCGAUUUAUCUAUGUAUGCACGCACACUUUUCUGUGCAGACAAACAUUUGUAAGAAUUACUGUGCACAUUUUAGAAUAUUGCAAGAGUUGUCAUUUAUCAAACCCUACACACAAGAAAGCACUGACUUUACUGUAAACUCACCUUACAUGACACUCAAAUCAAAUCUCAGAUCAUAGACUUUUGAGGCUGAUUAUCUUCUUAGAAAAUGAUUUUCUCAAACAGCCAUUACCUGCAACAAAAUAACAGAAUAAAAUGCAAAAUAACAGAAUAAAAUGCUACUUGCUACAUUGAUGACUUCCAUCACAGUUCUGAGACCCAUUUUCUCAAUAUUCAUCUUUACAUGAAUAAUCACAAAUUAAUAACAAUUAAGACCGUCCAAAAAUUAAGUUAAUCAGCACUUUUUCAUGCACAGAAUUUUAAAAUGUUCAAUUAAAAAAUUUGAUUUCAUACAGUGUGUGCAGCAAGUCAGAAACACUUAAGUAAUGAAGUUCAUUAUGUGUGUGUAAACAUAGAUAUUUUUAAGAAGUACAUUGGCAGACAUUCAUGAAAACCUAAUCCAAAAUAAUCGUUUGGUGUUCUAAGAGGAAACAAUAACAUUAUAUCCAUUCUACUUGCUCUGUGAAACAACAAAACUGUUACUGUACUGUUAUUGGUAAGUGCUAAAUAUUACACAAAUGAUUACACAGAAAUAAAAUAAUAACAUUGGAUUUUCUAUAAAUAUUUCUACUGCAUGUUAUUUUAUUUAAGAAGUCACAGAUGGAAAAAUAGCACAAAAUACUUGCCCAACUAAAACAGACUUUCAUUGUUAGCAAAAGGAUUACUACUGCUUCACCAAGGGCUUUUUAGUAAUCUGAGAGGCUGAGUAAUGUUUAUAAUCAGCCAGAGAAUAAGGAUUUAAAACUACACACAAAUUGAUUUCAAUUACUAUUUUUAUUGCUGGAAAUUGAAUUGAAUCAUUGAAUAUAUACACCUGUGAUGCUUUAAUUGCAUAGAUAUGAAAUAUUAAAUCAAUGCAAUUGUUACAGAAAUACGAAUGGGCAUUUUAAUUAAAUAUACUGUGAUAUGACUACAUACAGUUAACAUGAAUAAUAAGCAUUUCUUUAAAAACUGGAAAAGGAAAUUAUACAUAUGUGGUUUGAUCAGCAGUCUCUCUGUCAACUUCUCUGUACUUUUCCAAAACAAGGGACUAAAGUCAAACUACCAGCACACUUCUGCAACUGAUAUUAUUUAAUGCAUGUAAAAGCAAGCUUUUAUUUUGAAACACAUGUUCUUUAAUAAUCUAAGACACUUGUUCUGUCCAUAAAUAGUUUUAGGGUAUUGAUUUAUUGUGUUAUUGUACUUAUACUUUUAUGUACUCAUUGUAAAUGAACUAAUGUCUAAGCAAACUAUAAUAAACUGAUAACUGAACCUGAAACUCAGGUUAUAAACUAACAUGUAUAAAAUUGAAUAUGAUUCAAAAUAAAAAGAAAGGUGGUCAUGUCUUAGAAAGGGCUACUCUCUGAAUUACAUACAGUAUAUAUUUCAAUACAUUUGUGAAAAAUCAUACUUUUGUAUAUACUUUGAAAAUAUUACAUUUCAGUAUAAUGUUUUAAUAUCUAUUUAUAUAUAAAUAAAUGAUCACUUUAACUUAUUUACUUUAAGAGUAAAUUGCUUGCACAACAAAGUAAAAAUAUUAAUAUUCAAAUAAUAAUUGAAUUAUCUUUUGAUUUUUAAAGUAUUGGGCACAUUUUCAGUGCACUAAGUAUUCAAAAAUGCUUAAAUCUUUUUUUCUAAAGCUAUGCUAAAAUUUAUCCUUGUUAGAUUUGAUCAGCUUUGAAAUGUUUUUGUUCUUCAACAGAUAUUGCCUGUACAAUUAAAUCUCUGUAUGUGUCAAUUCUGAGUAUUCUAUCAGUUUUGUUAAUUUUUUUUUAAGAACAGAGUGGAGACAGGAACUGGCAAUAUCAAUUUACUUAAGAGUAAGACACUCAUCAAAUUUAGAAAAUGUAUGAUUGAAGUUUUUUUGUGGGGCAGCAUCUCAUGAAGGCCAUUAUCCACAUUUGUUCCUUGGAGGCUACCCCUCCAGGUCUAUAGUAUCAAAUACCAGUGCUUAAAGCUUUAAACUAGGACUGCAAAAUAGAUCUAUCUACACAAGCUUAAUGGAAAAACUGUGCAUAAUGCUGGAAGUCCCAACUUUGCAUCUUGAAAUGAAAGGUCAAUAAUAAAUAUUAUGGACACAGCAAUGACAGUAAUGAAAAUGAUAUAGUUUUCCCAGCCUGCAUAUAUAAAUUAUAAAGUUUAGGUCACUUAAUUGAUUUAUUAUUCAGUGUAAAUUACUAUCAUAUUAUGUUAAAGAAGAGAAAGGGUUGUGGGUUUUUUUGCUUUCAAUGAAGUUGCGCAUCAGUUGUGCUUUACAAAUGUACUUAAAUCAUUAAACAGUUACCCACAUUUUUUAAAGAAGGUUUCAAGCUCUGAAAAUGUAUAUUUUUAUUUAUUUUUGUAUUAAUUUUAUUAAUUGAUCCUUUGAUGCCUCUCCCAGUGGAAGUAUUUUUAUUUUUAAUGAUAUUAUUUUACCUUAUAAUGUCCACUGCUGAUCAUGCACUGACCUCUGAAACAAAUACUGCUGUAAGCCAUUUUGGAGAAUAUUCUUUUUUAAUUCUGCCCUUGCCAAGCUUAAUUCUGAGUCAUUAUGAAUGCACACAAAAAUAUACUGUAUGUUAAAAAGUUACCAUCUUAAGGAAAAAUAUCUAGCAACAUCUGUUCAAUAAUUGUUUAUUAAUUCAUAUUCUAUAAGAUCUUUAUUUUGUAUUUUUGAAUUGACUUAAAAAAUGUCCUUUCCUCAGCUUUCUAUAUAUUGUAGUAGUAUGGAUCAGACACUUUACUAACAAGUGUUUCUAAAUAUUUGAAAAGCACAGGCACAUGACCAGUUUGAAGAAAUGUUCACUUCCUUCUUGCUUAAGAUUGUCAGAUAGAAGCAACUGACAAGUCUGGACUACAAUAAGAAGCAUUUCUGACCUUCUCACUGUAAAGUGGGGUUCAAUAUUCUUUUAUUUUCAUAUAAAGCACUAAAAUGUUGGGUGUCUAAUAUUCAGCCUAAACUCCAUAGAAAAAUACACAAAAAAGGAAGAAAUAUUAUUAUUAUUCUACAUGUGUAGACAAUUUGCUACACUGACAUGCUACAGUAUGUACAGUAUAAUAUAUUACAGCAAAUUAUGUUUCAUUCAUAUGGUAAUUAAAUUCCAUAUAUAAGAAAUUGGUUAAAAUAUUUGAACACAGUAUAUCCACAGCAGCAUUAUUUGGACUCAGGGAUUGAAUUUUAAUGUUAUUUCAAGUAUAUAAUGACUAACAAGUGGAUGUAGCAGUGGAAUUGUACACUGGAUAAAGGCUCUCUGUUGCAGUCAGUUAAUAUAAUCAUCUGUGAUUAUGCUCAAAACCACUACUGAGUUGUAAAAAGUUGAGUUCAUUUUUGUAAAUUAGGGGGAAUGCCCUAAGAAUUGACAUGCAUUAAGGAAAGAUGUGACUUUUAAGUGUAUAUUGACAUGUUUGUAUAAUGAUGAGCAUAUCAUAUGGUGAGCUCUAGAGGAAACACUUAAAGACACUUAAAAAUUACCACAAAUGUUUUCUCCAGAGACAGCUUAAAUGAUUCCAUACUCACAAAUCCUUUUCUCAUGGUUAGAUUUUAACACUGUCUAGAAAAUGGCCUGAUAUCUAUUCAAAUAGUCUGUUACAUAAACAUGCAGGAUUUUUAGCAGGGCAGAUUACUCACUGUCAUUUUUUUUAACACUUCUAUGUGUUUUUAGAUAAUGUAGCAACAUUUUAAAUAUACGAAAUGUGUGUAUACUUGCAUCUUUUAUUUUACAAAGAUACCUAUACACUCCAGUGAUUCCCAUAUAUAGUAUAUAAUAUGCCCUAGGUUUCCUUGUAGAAAGGUUUAAUACUUAUAAUGUAAUUCUGUUUGUAGUUGUUCUCACUCAAUUUAUGCAGAGUGCUGUCUGAAUCUGUGAAGUCUGUGUUUGUGUAGUUCUGCUGUGCUGAAUGUAUAGGAAAGUGCCACAGUACAGUGUGGUCAGUAAAGUACAAGAUCUGGUUGUAUAAUAUAAAUCCAAAUUAAAUCUUGAUGACAUAUAUGUAAAUAAACUUUUAAAUUUUGGGA